UAGGGCAACUAAGAAAGAAAAAAGUGAUUCUGAAUCUACUGCUAAUUUGGCCAAAGUGAUAGCUCUACCAAAUAUUGGAUCUAAUAUUGCUAGCAAUGAAUCAAUUCAACUCAAUGCACCACUGCCAACAAGUUCUAUUAGUUUACCUUCAACAACAAUUUCGGCAUUUUUACAGUCAUCAUUAGCUAAAAAUAAUCAAAAUCCUCCAAGUUUGAAUAGUAAUGUCUCGCAAGGUAUUCAGCAAGCUCCACAUGCACAACCAUCACAAUUAAUUGUCUCAACAAAUGGGCUUUAUGGACUACCUUCGUAUCCUCCUCCUAACCCACCAAUGAUACAUCCUCCUCAAUUGACCUCUCAACCGUCGCAAUUGUAUUGGAACUCUCAACAAUCGCAGCAACAACAAUCGCAAUUACCAAUUCAAACUCCUCCAAAUUAUCCUAUAGUCCAACCACCACACCAACAAUGGAUACCUCCAAUGCAGCAGCCACAGCAGCACCCACAGCAACAAGUAUUUCCUCCUCAACAAGGACCGCCUCUUGUUCAAUCACAAUUCAUGCCACCGCCUUCACAUGCUCAGCAACAAAAUAUGCCGGUACAGUAUGGGCAUCACGUAAUAUCUGAUUCACCAAGUAGUGUUACACAACAGCAACCCAUAAGACAACAAAUGUCAAUAGGAACGUCUUCUCAAUUUGAACAUUAUAACGCGUAUCCACCAAGUUACAAUCACUCACAAUAUGAAGCAUCUCGACCACAACAGCGAGAAAAAGAACACAGACCACAUUGGAAUCGACCAACCUCGGAUCGAGAUCGAAAUCGUCAUAAUCGGACAAGAAGAUUUAUGAGAGAGGACAGACGUAAUGACUCGGAAGAUUAUAAACCUCCACCAAGAGAUCCAAGGCGACCUUCGCCACCUUCAUCCGAUUAUCGGGAUUUUAAAAGAAGUGGAAGAGGGGGAAGAUAUCGUUAAAUGAACAAUUUGUACCAUAAAAUUUUUCUCAAUGUUCAAAUUCUAUAUUAAUAGCUAUUAUAAAACAUUCGAAGUUGUAUAUAAAUAAAAGACGUGUAAAAUUACGAUAAUUAAUA